AAGGUGGGGCCUACCUUUUCAGUGGCUGGGAUGUUGUAUAAGUUACCUAGUGUUGAUGUGAACAUUCCUCAUAUAAACAUGAGAUUUAAUGCUUCUACUAUAUUUGUAUAUGCACUAGUUUUAAGUGCUUGUUUUUUGUUCUGUUGAUAUGAUACUUCCAUAUUGGUGUUUGGAAAAUUUUCCAAGUCUCUGACAAACAUUUGCAUUCAUAAAGCUAAAUAUGAUCCAUUUGGCUUGUUUUUGCAGAAACGGAAUAUUAAAUCGACUACCGGCCUAAUCAUGUUCCCUGUUCUCAUCUGCAUGCUGAUGAUCGUCUUCCAAACGGUGGUGAAUUCUCAGCUAAACAACUCCAAGUACCAAUGUGGAUGCCAAUGUGUUGAUACAAAUGGAAGCAGUACAUGCCAGAACAUAUGCGGCUUGGAGUAUUCAACUCCCACGCAAGCAAUGGCCUGCCCCGUAUCGAGACCAAUGGAAUGGCCUGCUCUAUUGCAAAUACCAGGCAGUCAAUAUCGGUCUGUUCAAACAGAUGGCCACUUGUUCACCGGCUUACCUGACAAGCAUUGCUUGGAGACGCAUUCUUGCCCUGUAACAUCACUCUUCACCGGACAAAACAAACCAAUUGCUGAGAGUUUGGUUCAAAAGUUGGUUGUUGAUGAGUUUCCACAGAAUGCAGCAGAUCUUUCGGACAUUGUUUCUCUAUCUUAUAUUGGAACAGACAGAAAUCCUGGUCGAACUAACUUUGUAGAACAAGCUUUCUUGUCGGAAUCUCCACUAGAUGUUCUCUUACCUCGAUGUGUAGCCAAUGUCAGCUUUAUGGUUUCUGGAACUGUUGGCAGUGCUCCAUUUCAGCGUGAGAUUGAUUGUGUUGAAAGUUUAUACGUAUGGCGUGACAACUCAUCAAGUAUUAAUAAAGAACUACAUCAAGGUUACCGGAGAGGAAAUCCUGCUAAUGCGAUCCAUGAAAUUCUUGGUGCUUAUGAUUUCUUGAAUUCGAAUGAGAGUAAUUACAAUGUGAGCUUCUGGUACAACUCCACAUAUCGCAAUGUUGCUACUAAGCCACGCUUGUUGCGAAUACCACGUUCAUUAAAUAUGGUAUCAAAUGCAUUCCUCAGACAUUUUAAAGAUGGAUCCCUCCGCAUUUUACUUGGUUUUGUCAAAGAGAUGCCAAAGCCUGGAACAAAAAUUGCAUUGGACUCGUCUUAUAUCGGACCGCUACUGUUCGCAUGGGUCAUCCAGUUGUUAUUUGUAGUUUUCUUGACGUGUUUGGUUUAUGAGAAGCAACAUAAGCUGAGGAUUAUGAUGAAAAUGCAUGGACUUGGAGAUGGGCCAUAUUGGCUAAUUUCAUAUGGCUACUUUUUUAUUAUCUCAUCUAUUUAUAUGAUAUGGUUUGCUGUUUCUGGAUCUAUUAUAAGGUUGGAUCUCUUCCGGCUGAAUAACUAUGUCAUCCAGUUUAUUUUCUAUUUUGUUUAUUUAAAUCUACAGAUCACUCUUGCAUUUCUAGCAGCUGCAGUGUUUUCACAAGUAAAGAAUGCUACAGUUGUGGGCAGCAUGUAUGUGUUUGGAUCUGGACUUCUUGGUGCCUUCUUUUUCCAAUCUUAUAUCGAGGAUACAACCUUCUCAAGGUUGCGGUUGAUGACUAUGGAGCUUCUGCCUGGGUUUUCGUUGUAUCGGGGGCUAUAUGAGCUGUUCCAGUCUGCAUUGGCAGGGCAUUAUCAAGGGACUUCUGGUAUCAGUUGGGAGAAUUUGAAUGACGAAAGCAAUGGCAUGAAAGGAACUUUGAUCAUUAUGAGUUCGGAAUGGCUGAUUCUGCUCUUUUUUGCUUACUACCUCGAUCAAGUGAUUUCUGCUGGGAGGGGAGUAAGAAAACAUCCGCUAUUUUUCUUAGGGGACUUCAGGAAGAGAAGCAAGAAGCUUUUUAAAAUAUUAAGCAUAAGACAUAGAGCGACUAUAUUUGUUGAUUUGGAGAGUCCUGCUAUUGAUGAUGAGGGGUAUAGAGUCGAAACAUUACUAACAGAAGAGAGUAAAAGUUAUCCUAUUGUCUGUCAUAACCUGAAGAAGGUGUAUUUGGGAGAGGAUGGAAAUUCUAAAAUGCAUGCUGUUCAAAGUCUAUCCCUUGCUGUAUCACUGGGUGAAUGCUUUGGUCUGCUAGGUCCCAAUGGUUCUGGAAAGACAACCUUUCUUAAUAUGGUGACUGGGUUUCUACCUCCCACAUCUGGAACUGCACUUAUUGAUGGUAUGGACAUAAGAUCAAAUAUGAAUCAGAUCUACACAAGAAUUGGAGUUUGCCCACAACAUGACUUGAUUUGGGAGAAUCUAACUGGAAGAGAGCAUUUGCUUUUCUAUGGUAGACUGCGAAACCUUAAAGGCGCAGCAUUAAUACAGGCAGUGGAUGAAUCCCUGAAGAGUUUGAAUCUUCAUGAAGGCAAUGUGGGUGACAAGCUUGCUGGUAAAUACAGUGGCGGUAUGAAGCGAAGGCUAAGUGUUGCAAUUGCACUUAUCGGUGAUACACAAGUUGUCUUUAUGGAUGAGCCGACUACAGGAUUGGAUCCAGAGUCAAGAAAUAACUUGUGGCAAGCUGUUAAAAUGGCAAAAGCAAACAGGGCUGUUAUUCUUACAACACAUUCCAUGGAAGAAGCUGAGUUUCUUUGUGAUCGUGUUGGCAUCAUGGUUGGUGGCAGCUUGCAGUGCAUUGGCAGCUCAAAAGAGCUUAAAACAAGAUAUGGAGGAUCAUACGUAUUGACCAUCUCAACAAAUCCCAAUCAUGAGAAGGACGUCGAAGACAUGGUAAGCGGCCUCUCUACGAAUUCGGUGAAGAUUUACAAUGUCGCGGGGACACAGAAAUUCCAUCUACCUAAGCAAGAACUAAGAAUUUCCAACGUAUUUCAGGCCAUCAAAAACUUUAAGAGACACGUCAGGAUUGACGCAUUCGGCCUAACCGAUGCCACAUUGGAGGAUAUCUUCACCAAAGUAGUGCAUGAUACGUCAUAAUUUUUUUUUUU